UGUGAAAUACGAACAGUUGAGUAAUAAAUACUUCACCGUUGUAUUCAUUAUGCUAAUUCAGUGUCUUAUAUCACCAUCCGUUAUGUGUGGAUAUAUCUGAUAAUCGUUCGUUCAUAUCUGAGGGAACAACAGAAAAACAGUCGCAAAAAUGGGACUAUAAGUGAGACAGAUCGGACGGGUUGUUGUUGUCUGUGCGUUGUGUGUAGUUCAACAGCCCUGUUUUUGAAACAUGGCAGCGGCAAUUGCCAGCGGUUUGAUCCGCCAGAAGAGACAGGCACGGGAACAGCAUAUAGACCGGCCAUCCACCAACAGAAGGAGAAAAAGCCCCAAUAAAAAUAAAGGGCUUUGCAAUGGGAACCUGGUCGACAUCUUCUCUAAAGUGCGAAUCUUCGGUCUCAGGAAACGCAGACUACGACGACAAGAUCCCCAGCUCAAGGGUAUAGUGACCAGGUUAUAUUGCAGGCAGGGAUACUACUUGCAGAUGAACCCAGAUGGAUCUCUUGAUGGGACCAAGGAAGACAGUAGUAAUUCUUCGUUGUUCAACCUCAUACCUGUGGGCCUUCGGGUCGUUGCUAUUCAGUCUGUAAAGACGGGAUUGUACAUCGCCAUGAAUGGAGAGGGCCAUCUGUACACAUCAGAACUGUUUACGCCGGAAUGCAAGUUUAAAGAGUCUGUGUUUGAAAACUACUAUGUGAUCUACUCAUCCAUGCUGUAUAGGCAGCAGGAAUCGGGAAGAGCAUGGUUCCUGGGCUUGAAUAAAGAUGGUCAGGCCAUGAAAGGGAACCGGGUGAAGAAAACGAAACCAGCUGCUCACUUCCUGCCCAAGCCAUUAGAAGUCGCUAUGUACCGAGAGCCAUCAUUGCAUGACGUGGGGGAGACAGUGCCCAAACCUGCUGUGCUGCCCAGUAAAAGCACAAGUGAAGAUCCAGCUGUCAUGAAUGGAGGCAAACCUGUCAGCAAGGAAGCCAAGCCCACCACAUAGCCAGAUCUCAGCUUGGCCCAUGCUCAACCCUGGAGAGCCGUGCUCCUUUUGUCAGGCUCUCCAUGUAUGUGGAUAAGAUCCAGGCAUCCUUUGCUCUCUCUCCUCCCCUCUCCCUUCACUCCUCUGACUGUUCCGAUCUGUUUUGACGGACUGGCUCUGGAAGGGUUGUCAGCUGUGCACGUAGGAGGAUGCGACUGGAUAAACCAGCUAAACUCUCACCAUGGAAUGCCCUAACCAAUAUGGAAUGCCUUUUGACAUACAAUUAAACCAAUCUUUUUUUUCUGUAAUCGAGACAAUCUACGAGAAUGAAAUUGUGUAUCGCAGGCGUUUGCGUGGUGGUUCUUUUGCCUGCUAAAAUUGUCCCGUUAUAUUCCUUUUAUUAAGCCCUGUUAAAGCAGAGACUGUACAUUUUAGAUCUAUUUUCUAUAUAUGCAGUAACACCAGCUAUGUUGUGGGGUAAUACUGUAAAGAUAUACACAUAUGGACCACAAUCCACAAAUGUUUUGUUAUCAGCUAAGCUCCUGUGUCUCUUUCUUUCUAGGUGUCCCUCACAGCUUGAAUUCCAAAUCUUUCCCUUUGUCGGUUAAUUACGAAACUUGAUGAUGUGUGAUUUUCAAAUGUGCAUUCUCAUGUGCAGUCAUACAAAUACAGUAAUGGAUUUCAAGCUAAAUUUAAUGAUGUGUGUUAUCAUGAGACGUCACUGGUUGCCUGUAUGCAGGGAAUAAUUCAAGAGGAUUAACAGGGCAGUCACCUAAACUCAUUAUCCAAGGAUCAGUGCUCAUGUCGUCUCAUUCUCAUUGUCUAGAAUGACACACAUAUACUUUCAAAGCUAAUGCCAGUGAGUACAUUGGCCAUGGCCACGGCAUUCAAUACAAUAAGCUGGCAUGUGCCAGGGAGGUGUAUACACUACAUAUCACUAUCUAGUUCCAACUAGUACGGUGUAGAUCGGUUUCAACCCCAGUAAAUAGCUGAAUUCUUUUCUUUGCUCUUAAUUUAGAGCGUGGGCUCUAUGAAAAUCUAUAGGCCUUGUAGGCCUCUGGUCAAGGCCCCUCUUUGACAUGCUGACUCCUCUGAACUGUGGGCUAGAUCUUGUGAGCAUAUUAAAUGUGACUCGAGCAGCAGCCGUUGAGAAAUUGUUUACUUGAAGUGUGGUGAAAUGGCUCAUUGUAAGUAGGCACCAUUACUAUUGGCUGCACACCCAUUUUGUUCAGCAAAGGCAUGGGCAAGGUUAGUAUUAUGUUCUAUUCUUGCAGCACUGAUGCAUUGCAAGAGAUGGCUUAUGUAACAAUGUUUUCAAUGUAUAAAUAUAUUACCAAAAAAAUUAAAAAUAGAGAUUUUUUAACUACCAGACAUAACGAUUCUGAAACGAGAGGGGUUUUUCCUAGCUCAGCAUGCAGAGUCCUGUACUGCUCAUCGUUUCCCAGUGAUGACCUCUAACCCAGCAUGCAAAAACAUGUACCCAGUCUGUGCUGGGUUAAAGGUGCUUCAUACCCCAGACACCACCAGUAACACACAAAUUCAGUAGCAACUUUACCCAUAAACCCUCUAUCUGUCCAAGCUUCAACCCGCAAAGGUUGAUCUUGAAAUUAACCAAAGUCCGUAAACACAAGGAAUCCAGCUGAACAUUUUCAAUAACUCUGUGGUGGUCCUCUUCAGCUUAUUUUUCUCACUGUGACAAGGGUUCACCUUGGCAGAGGAAUCACAAAAGAACAAUUGUCUCUCUUGUCGAAUUUUUCACUUUUCAAAACUUGAAGAGGUUCCAUCAGAUGACCUUGACUUAUAUUGUUAAUUUAGUAAAAGACCAAGUGUAUCUAUUACUAAUCACCUGCAUGCUUUUUCUUAUGGACCAAAGUGUGGGAUGGGUAGAAAUGUCUAAAACUAGCUUAAGAAAUGUUGGGAUGAAGAGAAUAAGCAUGAUUAUAUAAGGCUCUCUCAUACUCUGGAUUAAGACCAUUGCACUUUGCGUUUGAAAUCGUCAUCUACUCACAACAUUUAGCAUUUUAUUACCAAUUAGUCAAUUAUCAGCCGAGUUGACAUGAAGCCUGUCUUGCUUUUAACAGUUUUCAUAGAUUGGAUUAAUAGAAUGUUAUGAAGUAAACUAAGGCAAUGCUGCUAAAUACAAAUAUAUUGUACACUUCAUUUGAAGACCUAUAUUUUUAUUUAUUGGGAUUAUGAGCUAGUUUUCAUAUUAGGUAAUGUUCAAGCACAUUAGUUAGACUUAAAUAUCUGUCUGUACAAAGUUGAAUUUUAUUGCUAGAAUGAGAUGUAGUACUAUACAGGAAAAAAGUAGCUUCAUACUGUAUUUGAAAUCAGUUCGAGGCUGGUGUCCCACUUCCACACAAAUCACAAAUCACUCCAAUGAACUCUACAUGCUGGGCUACAGCUGCCCUGCAAACCAGUUAACUGGUUUUAUGAAGGUUGAAUUUAUUUUUGUAAGUGACUGGUGAGUAAGUGUGCAUUUUUUAGUAAGUUUUUUUUUUUUUCUCUUUCAAAUGUCAAACGUGUUUGUUUUGUUCCAUUCAGGUUGUGUGUGACAUCGUUAAAUCGAUAUGAGGAACAAUCGAUGAACAAUUGGUCAUUUCUGUGGAUUUUUCGUUUCGUAUUUUAUUUCCAGUGGUGAAGAAAGGUAUUCAUUGUCUGUUGAUUGGUUUUAAAUGUUCAUUUGACAGUUAAUUCAUCUGUUGCAUGGGAAGAGGGUGGCAAUUAAGAACUGCAUGUUGUAGGCAAUGUGUAUCAUGGACUGUUGGUAUGUCAAUUUACAUACAUAUAUGCAAAGAGUUUGUCUGCACUGUACAGUUUGUGUUUGUUGUAUACACAGAUACAACAUAUUGAAUAAAAUAUUUAUAUAA